GAAGCAGUUCAUCCUUUCUCCUGUCUAGCAUGUGUUGUCCAGGUCUCACCACAGUAGAGGAGUAUGCAGAGAACGUCGGCUUGACUGAGACAGCUGCAGCCAUACGCCGUACAGUGGAGGCAUUACUGGAGCAUGGAGCUGUGGUGAGGAACCUGGAGAAUUUAGGAGAACGGACACUGCCGUACAAAAUGUCCAAACACAAUCAGCGACACAGCAGUGGCGGAUAUUUCCUGGUAGACUUUGAUGCCCGUCCAACCAUUAUCCCAACCAUGUUGGACCAUUUAGGACGUGACAUCGAUGUAAUCAGACCUACAAUUCUGAAACACCGCACUCCAACGACUGAUGAAACCUGCCCAGGACUGGUCCAACCCAACUACGAAGAGAAAUUGUAUUCUAAGAGGAAAUGAUCUCAUGUCAAUUAAUUAUUUAAAGGAACAUAAAACCAAAGCAAUUUGUUGAAAGCUGAUAGAUGGCUACUUUAAUAAAGAUGAGAUUUAAA